CCCCUCAGCCUAAUCACUGUAGGUGAGUUCCAACACCACCCAGGCCCCCAGGGUGGCCGUGGAGGGAGAGCAAGCCUGGCAGGUGACCCAGGGGUCCCACUGCUGUGCCCCUCCCUUAUCUUUGUUCCCUUUCACCCCGGAAGGUGUGAUUGUCUCAUGUCAUGGUGACAAGCCAUCUCUCUUCUCUGUCAGGUGGGAUCCCCACCCCUGCUCAGCCUUCUUUCUGCAUGGAUGCUGAAGGACCAGGCUCACUUGAAGUUCUGAGUUUGAGCAGUAAGAAAAGGCUGACCAGCCUCUGGUUCCCGUACCGGUCAACUGAUUGGAGUACGUUUCCAGUUUGGAAACAUCUGGGCAGGCCCAGAUUGAACAGGAUCCAGGGGGAAGUACCAAGCCUGUCCCAUCGGCCAUCCUGUGUGUCAUGUCCUGUGACCCAGUGGAUGCUCAGCACCCUCCAGCUGAAGAAACAGAUUGCCUUAGGUACAUCAAAGGUGAGGACACCUACUAUCCCCAUGGAGCCCAGGUGGGGCUGCGAGUCUGCUGUUUGUACAGCCGGUGGGCUCGUGUUGCUUUGGGCAUCCCUGUGCCUGAAUUCCUGCAGUACACUCGGUGUGCAUUCCAUGGUGCAUCCUCGCCUAGAAUUGAGUGGAAGCAAGUCCAUCUCAGAAGCGACAUACCUGAAGAGAAAUGGCUUUCCAGACUCUGAAGGGCAGAGAAAGCACCAGCCUGGUUUAGAGAAAGAGAACAGCAUCUCUGAGCCCGUCCUGGGUGACCUCACAGAGAUCACCCUAGUGGCCCAGGCUAGAGACCGGGAACAUGUACCUUCCUGCAGCCAACCCCAGACGUCCACUGAUGCCUCAUAUACUGGCAAAGAUCCUGGCCUGGGGGGGCGAUGGCCGCCGGAGAUUCGCCAGAUGUUGGACUCCAGGGGCGGCUUCUGCUGCCGUAGAGGCGGGACGCCGGUCUCCAGGUGACAUUUUAGGUUAUUGCGUCCCAGAUUGCUGGCACACUCAUCCCUGUUCUCAAACAUCUUUUAAACUUGGGUGAAGUGAUAAGUUGGGGAAGAAGAUGAUUUACUGAAAGUCUCCCGAGAAGAGAUUCAGACUGAACAGCUUUGUGUCGGACUUUGGAAGACCGCUGGUGCCCAAGGGGUUCUCUGGCAGCACAAUGACGAAUCUAGGUCACUCUUUCACUGCUACGUCAAUGAAGUGGACCGCUUGGACAAGGCCAAAGCUGGUAUCCCAACCAUAGCCCUUGACAGUGAUGUUCGGCUCCAGGAAGCCAUCAGAUGCAGCAGGUGGCCAGAGGAGGAGCCGAACGGGCUCAUGAAAUGUGACACCCCCAGCUUCAUCAACACGGACAAGAACUCUUCCUUUGGGGAAGAUGAUCUCCUGAUUUUGGAACCACCUAUUGUUCUAGAAAAUAAGCCAGUUGCCCAGACCUCACACAAAGACUUGAAUUGGAAAUGUGCUUUGUCAAGUGUUUCUCUGAA